AUGGAUUUUCUGGAGGGGCCUGAUGCAUCAUCACAUUGCAAGCUUAUUCCUAAGGCAGACCGCAAGAAGAUUCACGAGUAUUUGUUCCGUGAGGGCGUACUUGUCGCAAAGAAGGACUACAACCUCCCAAAGCACAACGAUAUCGACACUAAGAACCUCUACGUCGUCAAGGCUUGCCAGUCCCUUACCUCCCGCGGAUACGUCAAGACCCAAUUCUCAUGGCAAUACUACUACUAUACCCUCACUCCUGAGGGUCUCGACUACCUCCGCGAAUGGCUUCACCUCCCCGCUGAGAUUGUUCCUGCUACCCACAUCAAGCAACAACGAUCGCACGCUCCUCCCCGUGGAAUGAUGGGUGGUGAGGGUGAGCGCGAGCGCAAGCCUUUCGGUGGACGUGGUGGACGCGGCGGUGACCGUGGCGGAGAUCGUGAAGGAGGAUACCGCAGACGUGACGCUGGUGGAGAGGGUAAGGAGGGUGCACCAUCUGGAGAGUUCGCUCCUCAAUUCCGUGGUGGUUUCGGACGUGGUGCCGGACGUGGUGCCGGACGUGGUGGAGCUCCUCCUGCUUCUUAG